UCCGCCACAGACUAAUGAAGCUCGCACGAAAUCCUCCCACGUUGGUUAAGCCCCCGACAGCUGCGUUUCUCCACCCUCGCCAGCUUGCUCCCUCCCUCAAUCCCACGAAGCUCCGUCUCACUGUCCCACAACAAGCGAGCAGAGGAACGAUUUCAGCACCAGGACAGAUCCUGCACCGUCUAAUGGCAACAUGGCGACAGAGUUCCACAACCUGCAGGUGCUGCACCAUAGUGCCUCAUUGGCCACCAAGGUCUUCAUCCAGAGGGACUACACUGAAGGGACCGUCUGCAAAUUCCAGACCAAGUUCCCCGCUGAACUUGACAGCCGGAUCGAGAGGACUCUCUUCGAGGACACGGUGAAGACGCUCAACAACUACUACGCCGAGGCGGAGAAGAUCGGGGGCCAGUCGUAUCUGGAGGGCUGCCUGGCCUGCGCCACGGCCUACAUCGUCUUCCUCUGCAUGGAGACGCGCUACGAGAAGGUGCUGAAGAAGAUCUCCAAGUACAUCCAGGAGCAGAACGAGAAAAUCUACGCACCCCGAGGCCUACUCAUCACUGACCCCAUUGAGAGGGGCAUGAGGGUGAUUGAGAUCUCCAUCUUUGAAGACCGGGGUUCCAGUGGCUCCAGCUCCGGCUCCAGCUCCACCUCCAGCAGCAGCGGUCGGUGACUGGAGGACCAGCACCAGGGUACUUCACCCGGCCUCGCUUAGAGCCUCCCCAGACUUUUUUGCGCAUUUCUAGAGGUUAGUCGCUCACCCCCACACCGAACACCUGAUCGGUCGCGCCCCCUCUGGGACUAGGGGGGGUUUGCUGUGCUCGAUAGCCAUCAUGUUUCACCCCUGUGGAUACCCAACCUGGGGCUGAUGAUACCAGAGGAUUUUCGGCAGCUGCCGCUGAGCCAUUUGUACAUUGUGCACCCUUACACAGGAACCAUCAAAUGCAUGAGACUGUCUGUCUGUCUGUCUGUACAGCAAAGUGGGUGUAUUGUGAAUGCGUGGAAGUAUUGUAUUGAUGUUCUGUAAAACAAAAAAAAAGAGUGUAGGGAGGAAUGGGGGGGGGGGGCUGUUGGGAAUGGGGGGGUCGAUUGCAUGAAUGAAUGGGAACUAACAGGUUAUAUGGGAAUGAAGAGGAAUUACGGGAAAUUGUAUUGGAACUGAUCAGCACAGGUGUGUGUUAUGAUGGAACGGGAUGAGAAUCAGGAUUAUAGGGUUAUAAGGCCAGACUCACUGCCAGUCCAGAGUGGAUAUUGUUUUAUUGUACUAUGUGAGCUUGGGUAAGGGACUAACAGGGAAAGGACACACCAAAUAUCUGCUGGAGAGGUUGCUGCGGUGUUAGCUUCUUAUAGCAGGAAACACCCAGUAGGUCAGCUACUGCAGUCAUAUACAUGCAUACAGCAGGGAGAUAGGUAACAUUUCAGGGAGAAGGAUGUUUUAUAUGGGCGAGUACAGAAACUGACAAAUAUAUCCAGCAGGGGGAGAUAGUGAAGCCCACAGUCGAGAGCAGGGGGUCAGUCCUGUAGUUUAGGGGGCCAAAGAGAAGGGGUCCACAAGGCAGAUGGACAGGAGAAAGCAUGUGUCCUCUGGGAUUUUCUGUAUAAAACCAAGUUUACACCACUGUACAUUCUGAUGCAAAGUGUCUGUUAUAUUGAUGUAGCGACCCACAAGCUAAAAAUGGGAUCAAGCAAGUCUUCCAACCGACAGAAAGGAAGUGGAGCUCACUUCUUUCAUGCAUUAAAAAAGAAACCUCCAAAGAAUUCAUGCUUCACCACUGCUGCGAGUCAAAAACUGAUGUCAAUCACAAUCAAGUGUCUUUCUUUAUUGACAUAUUUUUGUGGUUAUAUUUAUGCAAAGUCUACAUCAAACUUUUUAUCGUUGGAUACUUAAAAUGUAAAACUGUAUUGACUUAUAUAA